AUGACAACUGAUAUGCUUGAUGUGGAAAUUAUCUCUCGGGACACCAUCAAACCCUCUUCACCGACCCCACACCACCUUCGCCAUUACACUCUCUCCUUCAUCGAUCAAAUUACACCUCAAAUUUUCAUGCCUCUUAUUCUUUUUUACUCAAGAGAUGUCGAUACCGAUCUUAGCUGCGUCGAGCGCCAAGAUCGGAUUAAGAAAUCUUUGUCCGACGCAUUGGUACUGUUUUACCCGCUCGCAGGACGAGUUAAGUACAAUUCUCAUGUUGAAUGCAAUGAUGAGGGUGUCCACUACGUGGAAGCCAAGGCCAACUGCAAUCUUUCCGAAUUUUUGGAGGAUCCAAACCCUGCUGAGCAAAACAAAUUCCUGCCAUAUGAACUGGACGAUGCCAAUGAACUAGCCCUUGCCCUCCAAGUCACAUCUUUCACUUGUGGUGGGAUCGUUAUUGGUCUGGUCUUCGCCCACAAGGUUUCAGAUGCUUCCUCAUUCUUCUUGUUCAUCAACAACUGGGCUGCUAUUGCUCAUGGUAGCAGCAACAUAGCAGUUCCACGAUUCGAAUCUGUGACGAUAUUCCCCCCAGUAACUUUUCCAAGCUAUAGCGCAAGUAAGGGAACUGGAAAGAACAAGAUUGCGAUAAAAAGAUUUGUCUUCCAUCCUGCUGCUAUAGCAGCCCUCAGGAGAAAAUACAGCACUGACAACACGAGCAUCGAAUACCCACGUCCCACUCGUGUCGAGGCCUUAUCCGCUUUCAUAUGCAACCGCUUCCUCGCUGCCACUCAACAAGAAGCAAAUCCCAAUAAGGUAUGCACUUUGAUUCACAUAGCAAAUUUGCGAACGAAGCUGGAGCCGCCCCUUUCAGAAAUAUAUUUUGGGAACAUGAGCAUGCCAACAGGUUCGGUAAUCUCCAAGAACACUAAGGAUUCCUUUCACGGCAUUGUUAUUCCAAUGAGAGAUGCCAUAAAGAAAAUUGACAUGAAUUAUGUGAAAAGUUUCCGAGAGAGUGGUGCCUACCAGAAUUUCAUGACGCAAAACUCAGAAAGAUUCAGGAGAGGAGAGGUGGCUUCCUUGGCCUUCACUAGCUUGUGCAGGUUUCCUAUUUAUGAUGUGGAUUUCGGGUGGGGAAAGCCUAUGUGGAUAGGCUCAGCUAGAUUGCUGCACACGAAUCUGAUUACUUUCUUUGACACAAAAUCAGGAGAUGGAAUAGAGGUAUGGAUUAACUUGGAUGUGGAGGACAUGGCUAAAUUUGAAGUUGACAAGGAGCUCCUAUCGUAUGUUUCGUCGACCAAGGUUUCUGUGAACUAG